UACAAUCUCACCGGUAAAAUGUAAACAAAACGAAAAAAUACUUUCGUGAAAAAACACGAAAAACUGCACCACAAAAAAGUACACAAGAAUGGCAGAAAAGAAAAUACUGUCAACAGUAUCCAAAACUUUAAUUAAAAAUGUCAUUAGGCACACGGAUUCUCACAAUAAGGUUGUUGAGGAGACUGACAUGUGGAGACAGAGAGAUAAGGAACUUCGGAGGAAUGAAUCAAGUAGUAGUAGUUACUCCUUCCUAAAAGAUCGCGGUGUUGACAUGAGAUAUGAGUUUCCAGCAUCGAGAGACAGAAGAGCUCACAUGGAUGAGGAGCCAAGAAGUACAUACUGGAUGAAAGAAUUAUACAGGGCUGAGGAAGCAGAUAACAAUAGAUGGGGUCACAGUGGGUAUAAGGAGUUGUAUCCAGAACAUUUCUCUAGAAGCAACAGUAGUUCAAGCUCAGAUGAACGGGAGAAAGAUGGAAAACAUAGAGACAGACAUAAAAAGAAUAAAAAAGUGAAAAGAAAGAAAAGCCGGAAAAGAAGACACAGUGAUAGUGACACUGACAGUGAGUUGGAAGAAGAUAGAGAAAGGAAGAAAAGAAAAAAGAAACAUAAAAGUAAAGAAAAAAAGAAGAAAAGAAAACAGAAGAAAAGAAGACACAGAGAUGACAGUGACAGUUGAUGAUGUUUGAAUUUUAGACAUAAUUUAUGUUCGUUUUUAUUAUGAUCUCCCACAAAGAGUUUUAGUUCUUCAGCUUUGGCUAUAGAGGUAUUUAUCUCUGUCUAGGCCCAGCAUUUGUCAUAAAUAUCCUGAAGAAAUCUUGAUCUGUAAAAGACAUGGAUAACUGAGGUACUUGGUUGGUGAAAAGUGUCAUGUAUUAGAUUAUCAACCUUAACAAGAUUGCAUGUGUGUGUUUGUGUGUCAAUGGCUUCUAAAAUAUAUUUUCGUAACUCGUUUCCUUGCCGUCAUCCACUCAUUAGAUUAUGAAUGUUAACAACCACAAAAUGUUAUUUUUUCUUGUCUCAAUGUAAUUGAUAAGGCACCCUUGGUUGUUAAUCCCCCGCCAACCGCCACAAGUGUUGGGGGGUUAUAGGAAUGGUCUCUGUCCGUCUUCCGUCCUUCUGUCUUCUGUCCUUCCUUCUUUCCGUAACAUUUUAUGUCCGCUCUGUAUCUCUUAAACCCCUUGAAGGAUUUUCAUGAAACUUGGGUCAGAUGAUCACCUCCUCAAGACGAUAUGCAGAACCGAUGAGUCAGCCAUGUAGGCUCAAGGUCAAGGUCACAACUCGAGGUCAAAGGUUUGAGCCUUCCAUUUCAUGUCUGCUCUGUAUCUCCUAAACCCCUUGAAGGAUAAUCAUGAAACUUGGGUCAAAUGAUUACCUCAUCAAGAUGAUGUGCAGAACCCAUGACAUUGUGUCGGCUCAAGGUCAAGGUCACAACUUAAGGUCAAAGGUUUGAGCAUUCCAUUUUGUGUCCGCUCUGUAUCUCCUAAACCCCUUGAAGGAUAAUCAUGAAACUUGGGUCAAAUGAUCACCUCAUCAAGAUGAUGUGCAGAACCCAUGAGUCAGCCAUGUCAGCUCAAGGUCAAGGUCACAACUCGAGGUCAAAGGUUUGAGCCACUGUCCAUAACAGUGGCAGGGGAUAUAGCUGUCCUUUAGACUGCCUUGUUUAAAAUACAAAUGUAGGAGGUUCUGCUGUUGUGAAAAGCUGCCUUUCUGUCUGGAUGUUGACAAAUAAGGAGAAACAAUGUGUGAAAAAGAUUAUAACUUUCUUUACUGUGAAAUUAUAAGUAUUUGUGAUGUACUGAUUUUUGUGGAUUUUGUGGUUGAGCCAAUCCAUGAAAUUAAAACCCAUUGAAUAAGUAAAAUUCACAUUCAUUUUAUGUAUAAACUGGAGAUGCUUUUGAGAAAAGCACAUGUCUCCCACAACUGCCAAAUGAAAAAUGACUAGUUUCUCUGGAUGGUCUAGACGAAUGGAUCCAAUCAGUAAUUCAAGGGCCAUAAUUCAAAAGUGCCUAAGCGGAUUUGGCUAGUUAUUGAACUUGGCCGAGGUCUUAUGGUCAAACACAUUUUGUUCAAGUUUAGUGAAGAUCCGAUGAGAAAUAUUCGACUUAGGGUGCAGACAAGCUUUAUGACAGUGCUGCCCAAUGAAAAAUGACUAGUUUCUCUGGAUGGUCUAGACGAAUGGAUCCAAUCAGUAAUUCAAGGGCCAUAAUUCAGAAUGCCUGAGUGGAUUUGGCUAAUUAUCGAACUUGGCCGAGGUCUUAUGGUAAAACACAUUUUGUUCAAGUUUGGUGAAGAUCCGAUGAGAAAUGUUCGACUUAGAGUGCAGACAAGCUUUGUGACAGACACACAGACAGACAGACAGACUUGAGUAAAUCAAUAUGUCUGCCACACCACUGUGUGGUGGAAGACAUAAUUCCAUCAAUUCAUAUUCCCAUAAAAUAACUGUUUUGGCCCAGAUCUUUGAAAUGAAGGAAAGUUCAUUGAUGGAUGUUAAAUUAACAUUUUAAGAAAUUCUGUAACUGUGAGGAAGUAUUUAUGGUUUUAAAUUUUCAUGUAUGCACUGAUGACUUUAUAUUGAAGUGACUUUCAUUAUGUACAAGGUUGACAUUAGGCUGAGCUGUUUGAAAAUUAAAGUUUUUAAUUUCAUUGUUUUUUUACAUUCCCCAGAGCAACAAAUACACUGCAUAUUUGUAUAAAUACAUAUCUAAAUUUGCAAAAUAUGUAAACUAAAUUUGCAAAGUAUGUAGUUCAAUGUGUAAUGAAAUGCAUAAUAAUAAUAAUAAUAAUAAAUGAUAGCGCACAUUGCGCUUUGACUUCAAAAUCAAAGCAGAAUACCGUAUUUACCAGUCAUAUAUGUUUGUUGUUGAUUCAAAAUUGCAUCACCUUAGAUCUUUUUGAUUUAUGACACAUGUCAUUCUUCAAAUUGUGUAAAGUACAAAGUUGAUUAGAGAUUUAUAAUUCUUGAUAGACUAACCAAACUGAAAACUGAAAUUGAAUAUAGUUGAACCAAUCAUUCAGACCAGAAUGAUGGGGUAAUACCCAGUUUGCUGUGAAAGUAUCUAAUGCUCUGCCCCUAAUUUGUUGAAAUAUUACUUUAGGCCAGAGUUUUUUUAUCUUUCGUUUUACGGGAGAUUUUUGAAAAAUGAGCAGGGGGAGGAGGGAAUAAAAAUAAAAAGCUUGAAAGUGAGCAUCUCGGAAAAAAAUAAAAAUAAAAUAGAAUUUUUUAAGAUUUUUUUUAUUUUGAUGAACUUUCGUUUCAAGUUUUGUUUACUUGUGUUUGUGUCCAGUAUUUGAUAUUGUGAUGUAUUGUUAUGUUUUAAGACUAUAAAAGCCAUUUAUACAGGAUGAACAUUGAAUAUAAUUUUCAUGCAUGCUUGUGAAUAAACUGCUUCAGGCACUGUAACUCACACUGGCAAGUCUUUAAACUUCAGAAAGCUUGUUUUACUUAAUUUAAGUGGAAGACAAAAAUUAUUUUAUCUGUUACAACAACCACAGUAAAUUUCAGUGACAGCAAGUAGAGACUAAACACGUCUGGUAUAAAGUGGCUUAGUAGUGUAGUAGUUUUGGUGGUUUGGUUUGCUUGCAUCUUCUGCUGUGUAACCUCUGCUUUUUAUACAUAAUAUUUACUUAUUGUAUCUUUCACCAAUAUCAUCUUUAACCAGCUAACUUUACAGUUUAUGCCAGCUCAUAAUAUACUGGAUUUUAUCAGCAAAAUAAAGUAUUUAAUAACUUUGAAUAACAGUCACAGUGCAGAGGGCAAGAUUUUUUUUUCAGUGAUGAAAAACGAAAGAUAAUCUAGCAAAAAGUAAUCUGAAAAUUUACCUCAUUUAACUCUGUAAUUUGCACCUUUUUAUAAUACACUUAGAUCAAGUACUGAAGUUGCUUCUGUAAUUUGCACCUUUUUAUACUACACUAAGUUCAAGUACUGAAGUUGCAUCACUUUUUGUCAAAAUAUUGUCUCCAAUAAAAAGUAUUCUUUAUUAUUCUUUACACACUUAUGAAUUCUAUUGAAGUUACAAAAGAAAUGGACCAUCUGUCUGAGAUUUUGCCAAUACUACCAGCUGCUUUAUGCCAGACAGUCCCAAGCCUGUGUAAAGUGUGAGGGGUCACCAUUGAAAUAAAAAUGUAAAAAAAAAUCUGCUGUUACAAACAUUUAUUUGUUCUGCAAACAACUAAUAUUUUGAAUAAAAUUUAAUGUCAAAGCACCUUUGAUAUUGUAUUGCCUUUCUAUGGCAAACUUGUAAGUUGAAUCUAUUGAAAACAAAAUGUGAGUAAGACAAUCUUUAGACAAUUUAAUACUUUCAAUACUGUCACUUUUAUGAAAGGAGUAUUAUGUACAAUAGUAUUAUUUCCCGAAAAAUAUAUAUUUUGAAAAGUGUCUAAAAAUAUUUGGACAUAAUCAUCGUCCAUCCACCCGUGUAGAAAGAGAGAAAAAAAACGUUAAAGAUUAUCGGUAAUUAUUCAGUGAUAAACUAAGUAAUGUUGAACUUGUUUUCAUGAUCAAUUUACACCCCCUCUAAGAGCUAAAAGAAGUGUGUCAGUAUCUUGACAUCUGAAGCGGAGAUCAAAGCGGUAUUUUUGCUCGAGAUUGUCAUGGCAUUACGUCAUGUUUUCGCGCCAUGUGGCAUAUCACUGUAUGAUCGUACCGCAUCGGUUCUUAAAAUUGCUGAGAAAUAGAAAUCAAUAAAAAAAUUCUUCUUUAAUUUGUUAUCAAAAGCGAAUGUGCUAUAUCCCGUAUAAAAGGUAAAUGUCUCAAACGAUAGUUACUAUAGUGGAUAUCCUACCUCUGUGACCUAUUUGCCCUCAAGGAAUUUACAUUAUUGUUUGACAAGAAAAACUUUUAAAUUGUUGGUCAAAAAAUACAUGUACAAAGAUUCAUUUAAAACUUAUUAAAAACCGCAGUGACAUCACAUUGCUUUAUUUUAAAAUCGCAUUUCUACUUACGUUCACGAGGUCACGUAACCUAUUCUGCCGCACUAGCCAAAAAUCGUCUUACUCCAUGUAUUGUAAUCGCAGCCGCUUUUUCAUUAUUUAAGAUUUUUUGAUUCUGUUUUUUGUACUUUCUGGUCAAAAGUCUGAAUUUUAAGCCCAUAGUAUUCAUCAUUUAUUUACUUUUAGAAAGAAAUAAGUAACUAAGAUCGCGCUGUUUGAAUUUUUACAAAUGAUUAUAUGAACAUUCGACCGUUUUUAUAGAAUUUUGCCUACAUUUUUGUCGAUAUCUUAUUAAAAUCAUUAUAGAAUUCAAAAAGUAUUAUUUCUCAAGGGGUGUUGAAAACUUGAAGCGAAAAUAUUAAAAAAUGAAUGCACUAAGCACGGUUUCUGUGUACGUGUCGAUGUAAAUUAGAUGUUACGAUAGGUCACACGUGCUUGUGGAAUGGAAAAUUACCGGCAUGACGUUUUGAUAUCUUUACGAUUCGCGGGUAAAUUCCAGUCAAUCCAGGUAGCAACUGAACCAUCUCAAAGUUUGUUGACGUUUUGUAGAUGUAUUUUCUGAAUUUUGGUAAAGUAAGGACGUAAAAAUAAAACACUCGCCCGAUCGGUCGAGUACACAGCGAGGUCCACUCGUCCUACUCAGACUUAACUCGCCAAUGCGAGCAGGAGAGUGGAAUUUUACACACUGUUAAUGCCGAUAGAUGUACGGCAAAACACGAUAUUUUGCAUGCGUUAAACUCCCUUCCUGUGAAAUUACGUCCAGGUGAAAAUACACUAAUUUUAUUUUCUUUGGGGCUGUAAACAACCGACAGGCGGAAAAAAUAAAAUAAAACUCGGGAAAAUGAAUUUUAAUUUUAUUCCACUUUUGCAAUAUUUAGGACCGGCGCUCCCGUAAAACGAAAAAUAAAAAAACUCUGGCCUUAUCUCUUAUUGUGCCCCCAGAAUGUUACGGGGGAGCACUUGUCUGUAUGUCUGUCUGUCGACCGAAUUUGUGUCAUGCAUAUCUGAAAAAGUAUUUGACUUAAGAGUCAUUAAACAUCAUAGGAUUGUUUUUUUAGCAUUUUGAGGGUUUUCUGUCAGUAAGACCAGAGUUAUUGCCCUUGACUUAGUCAAAAAUAUGCAUAAAGGGCCUAAAAGUUUGUGUCACACAUUUUAAGUUGAAAUAAUACUUGACUUAAGAGUUGUGAAACCAUAUAUGAAAUACUAUGAAAUUGUGCACCUGGAAUUUAGAUUGGUAUUUCAUUCUGCAAGAUCAGAGUUAUGGUCCUCGACUUAGUCUAUCUAGUUAUACCCCCGGCAUCUAAUGAUUGUCCUGUCCGUUCGUCCGUCCGUCUGUCCGUACGAGGUUAACCAAAUGGGGACGUUUCGUCUAGCAUCAAUACCCCUAACUAGAAUGACUUGAUACUAAUGCAGAUGUAACCUGUGACCAUUCCUCAUCUUCAAACAUCACCUGACCUCAGUUUGACCUUGACCUUGACCUCGUUUUGGACUUAGGAUGCUUUGUAUGGGCCAUUUCUUGGUUAACCAAAUGGGACCGUUUCGUCUAGCAUCAAUACCCCUUACUAGAAUGACUUGAUACAAAUGCAGAUGUAACCUGUGACCAUUCCUCAUCUUCAAACAUCACCUGACCUCAGUUUGACCUUGACCUUGACCUCGUUUUGGACUUAGGUUGCUUUGUAUUGGCCAUCUCUUGGUUAACCAAAUGGGACUGUUUCCUCUAGCAUCAGUACCCCUUACUAGAAUGACUUGAUACAAAUGCAGAUGUAACCUGUGAGCAUUCCUCAUCUUCAAACAUCACCUGACCUCAGUUUGACCUUGACCUAGUUUUGGACUUAGGUUGCUUUGUAUCGACAAGGAUGCCACCGGGGGCAUCAAGCGUUUAUUGAACGCAGCUUCUUGUUUUUUUUCUGUUGUAACAUUUACAAUGCAAGAUAUGAUUUAGUCAGCCUAAACAGAAUUACAUGGGGUUACUGUAUAGCAUUUUGAACUCAUUUGUCUCUAUUAGUUCUCAUACAGUGCCAUAGUGCAUAUUUAUUUGCAGAUUAUGCACAACCAGUCCAUUCCUCACGUGCAGUACCUCCCCCCAACACACACACACACACCUUUUUUAUUAGCUCACCUGUCACAUAGUGACAAGGUGAGCUUUUGUGAUCACCCUUCGUCCAUCGUCAGUCCGUCCGUGCGUGCGUCAACAAUUUCUUGUCUGCACAAUAGUGGUUUCAUUUAUGAUUUUAUUUUAACCAAACUUGCACACAACUUGUAUCACCAUAAGAUCUCGGUUCCUUUCUUCAACUGGCCAGAUCCCAUUAUGGGUUCCAGAGUUAUGGCCCCUGAAAGGGCCAAAGUUAGCUAUUUUGACCUUGUCUGCACAAUAGCAGCUUUAUUUAUAAUUUGAUUUUUACCAAACUGGCACACAACUUGUAUCACCAUAAGAUCUUGGUUCCUUUCUUGAACUGGCCAGAUUCCAUUAUGGGUUCCAGAGUCAUGGCCCUUGAAAGGGCCAGAAUUAGCUAUUUUGACCUUGUCUGCACAAUAGCAGCUUCAUUUAUGAUUUUAUUUUAACCAAACUUGCACACAACUUGUAUCACCAUAAGAUCUUGGUUCCUUUCUUCAACUGGCGAGAUUCCUGUAUGGGUUCCAGAGUUAUGGCCCCUGAAAGGACCAGAAUUAGCUAUUUUGACCUUGUCUGCACAAUAGCAGCUUCAUUUAUGAUUUGAAUUUAAUCAAACUUGCAGAAAACUUGUGUCACCAUAAGAUCUUGUUUCCUUUUUUAAGCCGACCAGAUCCCUUAAUGGGUUCCAGUGUUAUGGCCCCUGAAAGGGACAAAAUUAGCUAUUUUGACCUUGUCUGCACAAUAGCAGCUUCAUUUAUGAUUUGAUUUUAACCACACUUGCACACAACUUGUAUUACCACAAGAUCUUGGUUCCUUUCUUGAACUGGCCAGAUUCCUUCAUGGGUUCCAGAGUUAUGGCCCCUUAAAGGUCCAAAAUUGGCUAUUUUGGCUUUUGCAGCCAUAUAGAGAGUUCAUUUAUGGUUUUAUUUGAUACAAACUUCCAAAAUAUCUUCAGCAACAAUAAAUCUUGGAUUCCAUGACAAAUCAGAUCCAAUCUUAGGUUCCAGAGUUAUUUUAUAUCUGAUUACCUCCCCUGAUUGUAAUCAAAAUGGAUUUAUAUCAGUAAGUACUUAUAGGACUUAUUUGAAAUUUCAUUAUUGUCGUAAGUUGGACUGAGCCAGUCAGGGUAGAUAACUAUGGACUGAUUUUAUGUCAGAUUACCUCCCUUUAUUUCAAAUUAAAAUGGGUAUAUCUCCGUCACUAAUGAAGAUACUGAUCUGAAAUUUCAUUUAUGUGAACAGAUUUAUUUGGCAAAUCCUUCUUUUGUUCACUUACAAUAGUUUUUUUUUUUUAAUUACUUCCCUUUUAUGUUACUAUAAAUAGCUUAUUUUUAGUAACUUUUUUAUUAUUGGCCGUAGGGAAAAACCGAGACCACUUUUCUGUGGUACAACAUGGAUGGUACCUCCAAUUUUUAGGUGCAUUUUGACAUAUCUGUACCUUGUAAGAAUUUUUUUUUCUUUUUGGUUAAAUUUCUUCCCUUUGUUGUUCCUGUCUUUUGGACUUAGAUCAUUUUUCUGAGGACCUUCUUGUCCUCAAGUGCAGUGAUAACAGGUGAACGAUAUAGGGCCAUCAUGGCCCUCUUGUUAACUCACAUGGCACAAAGUGAUAAUGUGAGCUUUCGUGAUCGUGCAUCGUCAGUGUGUGCGUCCAUGUGUGCGUAAACUUUUGCUUGUGAGCACUGUAGAGGUCACAUUUUUCAUGGGAUCUUUAUGAAAGUUGGUCAGAAUGUUUAUCUUGAUGAUAUCUAGGUCCAGUUCGAAACUGGGUCAACUGCGGUCAAAAACUAGGUCAAUAGGUCUAAAAAUAGAAAAACCUUGUGGCCUCUCUAGAGGCCAUACUUUUCAAUGGAUCUUCAUGAAAGUUGUUCAGAAUGUUCAUCGUGAUAAUAUCUAGGUCAGGUUCGAAACCGGGUCACGUGCCAUCAAAAACUAGGUCAGUAGGUCAAAUAAUAAAAAAACCUUGUGGCCUCUCUAGAGGCCAUAUUUUUCAUGGGAUCUGUAUGAAAGUUGGUCAGAAUGUUCAUCUUGAUGAUAUCUAGGUCAAGUUCGAAACUGGGUCAACUGCGGUCAAAAACUAGGACAGUAGGUCUAAAAAUAGAAAAGCCUUGUGACCUCUGUAGAGGCCAUACUUUUCAAUGGAUCUUGAUGAAAGUUAUUCAGAAUGUUCACCUUGAUGAUAUCUAGGUCAAGUUCGAAACCGGGUCACGUGCCUCAAAAACUAGGUCAGUAGGUCAUAUAAUAAUAAAACCUUGUGACCUCUCUAGAGGCCAUAUUUUUCAUUGGAUCUGUAUGAAAGUUGGUCAGAAUGUUCAUCUUGAUGAUAUCUAGGUCAAGUUUGAAACUGGGUCAACUGCGGUCAAAAACUAUGUCAGUAGGUCUAAAAAUAGAAAAACGUUGUGACCUCUGUAGAGGCCAUACUUGUGAAUGGAUCUUCAUGAAAAUUGGUCAGAAUGUUCACCUAGAUGAUAUCUAGGUCAAGUUUGAAAAUGGGUCACAUGCCAUCAAUAACUAGGUCAGUAGGUCAAGUAACAUAAAAACUUUGUGACCUCUCAAGAGGCCAUAUUUUUCAUUGGAUCUGUAUGAAAAUUGGUUAGAAUUUUUAUCUUGAUGAUAUCUAGGUCAAGUUCGAAACUGGAUCAACUGCGGUCAAAACUAGGACAGUAGGUCUAAAAAUAGAAAAACCUUGUGACCUCUCUAGAGGCCAUACUUUUCAAAGGAUCUUCAUGAAAAUAAGUCAGAAUGUUCACCUUGAUGAUAUCUAGGUCAGUUUCGAAACUUGGUCACGUGUUGUCAAUAACUAGGUCAGUAAGUCAAAUAAUAAAAAAACCUUGUGACCUCUCUAGAGGCCAUAUUUUUCAUGGGACCUGUAUGAAAUUUGGUCAGAAUGUUCAUCUUGAUGAUAUCUAGGUCAAGUUCGAAACUGGGUCAACUGCAGUCAAAAACUAGGUCAGUAGGUCUAAAAAUAGAAACACGUGACCUCUCUAGAGGCCAUACUUUUGAAUGGAUCUUCAUGAAAAUUGGCCAGAAUGUUCACCUUGAUGAUAUCUAGGUCAAGUUCGAAACUGGGUCUUGUGCCAUCAAUAACUAGGUCAGUAGGUCAAAUAAUAAAAAAUCUUGUGACCUCUCUAAUGGCCAUAUUUUUCAAUGGAUCUUCAUGAAAAUUGGUUAGAAUUUUUAUCUUGAUGAUAUCUAAGUCAGAUUCAACACUGGGUCGCAUGAGCUCAAAAACUAGGUCACAAUGUCAAAUAAUAGAAAAAAACGACAUCAUAGUUACUCGGUUUAAAACUGGGUCAUAUGGGGACAGGUGAGCGAUUCAGGACCAUCAUGGUCCUCUUGUUUUACUUCCUUGUGCACAUAUUACACUGACCACAAGAUGUGCUGGAUUGGCUGGUUAUUCGGUGCAACAAAAUUGGCUGUGAAUACUUACUUUAUGAGGAAUGUUAUGCCUCAUUAUGUGUUUAACUGAUUGGUCAAAUAAAACUUAAGCAGGUGUUUAAAGUUAACUUUAAGAUAUGGCCAUGUCCUGGAUUUGUACUGGAUCUUAUUUGAACUAAAACUUCAUGAGUACAUUUUAAAGAUAAAUUUGAAUAAAUGAUAGCAGUAAAAAGUGUUUUACCAUAUUUUAUUACUUUUCUUCUCUUUUGUCAGCUCACCUGAACCAAAGGUUUGUAUAUGUCCAUAGUCCACCAUACCCACUUAGUUUGUUAACACUGUAUAGUCACAAUUAUGGCCCAUUUGUCUUUAAACUUGGCAGAAUGUUUAUCUUAAUCGAAUCUGGGAAAUGUUUGAAACUGGGUCAUCUGAGGUCAAAAAUUAGGAUCCGAGGUCAAACCAUAGAGUGCCUGUGUUAGCAUUCUAGAGGUCCUAUUUUUAACCUGCUCUUAAUGAAACACAGUCAAAGUGUUUGUCUUUAUAAAAUGGUAUCGAAAGCUGGGUCAUAGAAAAUCCUUGGAAAUAUUUUCUACCUGAUCUAUAUGAAUCAUAAUCAGAAUGUUUGUCUUUAUGAAAUUUUAUAGACCAUAUUUUCAACUUGAUCUAUAUGUAAGCUUGUCUUAACAUUCAAGACUAAGUUUGAAUAUGGGCCAUCUAUGGUCAAAAAGUAGGUCAUUUGGUAAAAUAAUAGAAAAUGGUUGUCAACACUCAAGAAACAUGGUGUUCUACCUAAUCUUAAUGAAACCUGAUCAGACUGUUUGUUUUCAUGCAAUCAAACAUUUUUAUACCCCCACAAAACGAAGUUUAGGGGGGUAUAUAGGAGUGAGCUUGUCGGUUGGUCAGUCAGUCAGUCGGUUGGUCCGUUGGUUUUGCAUGGUUUCCGGAUGAUAACUCAUGAAAGGCUUGACCGAUUUAAAUAAUUUUUGGUACACAGGUGUAACAUCAGAAAAUACAGGUCAAGUUCGAAUUUGGGGUCAGUAGGUCAAAGGUCAAGGUCACAGUAACUCGGAACAGUUAAACGGUUUCCGGAUGAUAACUUGAGAACGCUUGGGCCAAGGAUCAUAAAUUUUGGUACAUAGGUGUAACAUCAUGAAAUGCAGGUCAAGUUCGACUUUGUGGUCUGUAAGUCAAAGGUCAAGGUCACAGUGACUCGGAACAGUUAAAACGGUUUCCGGAUGAUAACUUGAGAACGCUUGGGCCUAGGAUCAUAAAUUUUGGUACACAGGUGUAACAUCAUGAAAUACAGGUCAAGUUUUACUUUGAGAUCAGUAGGUCAAAGGUCAAGGUCAUAGUGACUCUGAACAGUUAAAUGGUUUCCGGAUGAUAACUUGAGAACGCUUGGGACUAGGAUCAUAAAUUUUGGUACACAGGUGUAACAUCAUGAAAUACAGAUCAAGUUUUACUUUGAGGUCAGUAGGUCAAAGGUCAAGGUCACAGUGACUUGGAACAGUUAAACGGUUUGCGGAUGAUAACUUGAGAAUGCUUGGGCCUAGGAUCAUGAAAAUUGAUAGGGAGGUUGGUUAUGACUAGCAGAUGACCUCUAAUGAUUUUGAGGUCAGUAGGUCACAGGUCAAGGUCACAGUCACCCGGAACAUUUAAACAGUUUUCGGACAAUAACUUGAGAAUGCUUGGGACUAGGAUCAGGAAACUUAAUCUGGAGAUUGGUCAUGUCAAGCAGAGGACCCGUAUUGAUUUUGAGUUCCAAAGGUCAAAGGUCAUUUAAACCUUUUACGGACAAUAACUUGAGAACGCUUCGGCAGAGGAUCAUGAAACUUCAUAGGGAGGUUGAUCAUGACUAGCAGAUGACCUCUAUUGAUUUUGUGGUCAGUAGGUCAAAGGUCAAGCAAGUUCGGCUUUGACAUUGGCUUAGUUCUGUGACAAGGCCAUAUUGUGGGGGUAUAAUUCGUCACUCCUGUGACAACUCUAGUUAUGUUUAAAUCUGGGUCAUCAUGGCCAGCUGAUUAUGGCAUAUAUUCCAAGCAUUUCGAUUUAGAAUACUAAUACUAUUUUGUUUCUCAGGGAAUGUUCAGUUAGGGAUCUACUAUACAGUGUAUAGAACAUGUUAUAAACAUAAAGACUAAAUAUAAUGUACACAGUGUUCAUGUUCAUACAAUGAAUAGUUGUACAGAUUCAGGAUUUUCCUCUACUUAUGGAGAACUAUAUUAUUAUCUUAACAGAUUGGUGUUUUAAAAUUUUAUUUGUGCUGCAUUUUAUUAUUCUACUUCAUAUGUAGAAAAUUCAACUUAGAUAUUCAAACUUUUACCCUUUUACACAUUAUUUUAUUGCCAGCAUUCAGAAAUGUUGAUAAAAUUUUAUAGUAAAAAUCUCUCGGUAAAACAACACGCAAAAAUAUUGAAAAUUUGAAUUUAUUAGCUCACCUGUCACAAAGUGACAAGGUGAGCUUUUGUUAUCGCGCAGCGUCCGUCGUCCGUGCGUGCGUGCGUAAACUUUUGUUUGUGACCAAUCUAGAGGACACAUUUUUCAUGGGAUCUUCAUGAAUAUUGGUCAGAAUGUUCACCUUGAUGAUAUCUAGGUCAAGUUCGAAACUGGGUCACAUGCGGUCAAAAACUAGGUCAGUAGGUCUAAAAAUAGAAAAACCUUGUGACCUCUCUAGAGGCCAUAUUUUUCAAAAGAUCUUCAUGAAAAUUGAUCAGAAUGUUCAUCUUGAUGAUAUCUAGGUCAAGUUUGAAACCGGGUCAACUGCGGUCAAAAACUAGGUCAGUAGGUCAAAUAAUAGAAAAUCAUUGUGACCUCUCUAGAGGUCAUAUUUUUCAUGGGAUCUGCAUGAAAAUUGGUCAGAAUGUUCACCUUGAUGAUAUCUAGGUCAAGUUCGAAACUGGGUCACGUCCGGUCCAAAACUAGGUCAGUAGGUCAAAUAAUAGAAAAACCUUGUGACCUCUGUAGAGGCCGUAUUUUUCAUUGGAUCUGCAUGAAAAUUGAUCAGAAUGUUCAUCUUGAUGAUGUCUAGGUCAAGUUUGAAACCGGGUCAACUGCAGUCAAAAACUAGGUCAGUAGGUCAAAUAAUAGAAAAUCAUUGUGACCUCUCUAGAGGUCAUAUUUUUCAUGGGAUCUGUAUGAAAAUUGGUCAGAAUGUUCACCUUGAUGAUACUUAGGUCAAGUUUGAAACUGGGUCACGUUCGAUCCAAAACUAGGUCAGUAGGUCAAAUAAUAGAAAAACCUUGCGACCACUCUAGAGGCCAUAGUUUUCAUGGGAUCUGCAUGAAAGUUGGUCUGAUUGUUCAUCUUGAUGAUAUCUAAGUCAAGUUCGAAACUGGGUCAACUGCGUUCCAAAACUAGAUCAGUAGAUCUAAAAAUAGAAAAUUCUUGUGACCUCCCUGGAGGUCAUAUUUUUCAAGGGAUCUGUAUGAAAAUUGGUCAGAAUGUUCAUCUUGAUGAUAUGUAGAUCAGUUUUGAAACUGGGUCACGUGCGGUCAAAAACUAGGUCAGUAAGUCAAAUAAUAGAAAAACCUUGUGACCUCUGUAGAGGCCAUAUUUUUCAUGGGAUCUGCAUGAAAAUUGGUCAGAAUGUUCAUCUUGAUAAUAUCUAGGUCAUGUUUUAAACUGGGUCGCAUGCUAUCAAAAACUAUGUCAGUAGGUCUCAACAUAUAAAGACCUUUUGACCUCUCUAGAGCCCAUAUUUUUCAAUGGAUCUUCAUGAAAAUUGGUCGGAAUUUUUAUCUUGAUGAUAUCUAGGUCAAGUUCAGAAGUAGGUCACAUGAGCUCAAAAACUAGGUCACUAUGUCAAAUAAUAGAAAAAAACGACAUCAUACUCAGUUCAUGUUGGGCAGGUGAGCGAUUCAGGACCAUCAUGGUCCUCUUGUUUUUUAGAAGUUUUCAGUUGGGACUUACUUAAAUUAUUUUUGUAUACAUGUACUAUAUUUCAAAGCCCCUCCUGCUAAAAAAAACCCCUAAAAACUGGUAGGUGUGUAAUGGCAGAUUCAAAUUUCCAAUUCUUUUCAUUUUCCUAUAUUGCAUGGCUGAGUCUUGCUGAUCUAUAUACUGAUAUUUUGUAGGAUUCUUGUUAUGAAAUGAUAGAACACCCGAAUUUAUCUGGCCACACAGCAACUCAGAGUUUUUUUAAUCUCAUUUUAGCUUAUGUUACGGGUGUUUGCUUUUUACCUAGUAAUAGUUUGAUUUUUAAGAAACUAUAGGCUGAAGUCAUUAAAAACCAGUUCAGAUGUGAAUUUAAACCCUUGGAGGAGUGUUCAUUUUAUACAGAAUAAAGAAGGUCAUAGUGUGUUAUGCCUACUUGCUCAGGGAUUAAAUUCAGAAACUACCAUCUUCUGUUAUUAGUCCCCUACUGGUUGAAAACCAGUUUCGGGGACUAUAGGAAUGCACUUUUCCCUCAUUCCGUCCGUCCGUCUGUCCGUCCGUCCAUCCGUCCGUCCAUCCGUCCGCAAUUUCGUGUCCGGUCCAUAAUUCUGUCAUCCAUGAAGGGAUUUUAAUAUUACUUGGCACAAAUGUUCCCCAUGAUGAGACGACGUGUCAUGCGCAAAACCCGGACCCCUAGCUCAAAGGUCAAGGUCACAAUUGAAGGUCAAAGGUCAACAAGGCUUUUUUCCUGUCCGGUCCAUAACUCUCCCAUCCAUGAAGAGAUUUUAAUAUUACUUGGCACAAAUGUUCCCCAUGAGGAGACGACAUGUCAUGCGCAAAACCUGGACCCCUAGCUUAAAGGUCAAGGUCACAAUUGGAGGUCAAAGGUCAACAAGGCUUUUUUCCUGUCCGGUCAAUAACUCUCCCAUCCAUGAAGGGAUUUUAAUAUAACUUGGCACAAAUGUCCUCAUAAUAAGACGAUGUGUCAUGCACAACUUUCAGACCCCUAGCUCAAAGGUCAAGGUCACACUUAGCAGUCAAAUGUUAACAUAGCAUGAACAGGGUCUGUUUCGUGUCCGGUCCAUAACUCUGACAUUCAUUAAGGGAUUUUAAUAUCACUUAGCACAAGUGUUUCCCAUGAUGAGACUUCGUGUCAUGCGCAAAUCCCGGACCCCUAGCUCAAAGGUCAAGGUCACAAUUGGGGGUCAAAGGUCAACAGAGUUUUUUUCCUGUCCCGUCCAGAACUCUGCCAUCCAUGAAGGGAUUUUAAUAUUACUUGGCACAAAUGUUCCCCAUGAUGAGACAACAUGUCCUGCGCAAAGCCCAGACCCUUAGCUCAAAGGUCAAGGUCACAAUUGGAGGUCAAAGGUCAAUAAGGUUUUUUCCCUGUCCGAUCCAGAUCUCUGUCAUCCAUCAAGGGAUUACAAUAUUACUUGGCAUAAAUGUUCCCCAUGAUGAGACGACGUGUCAUGCGCAACACCCAGUACCUAGCUUAAAGGUCAAGGUCACACUUUGAGAUCAAAGGUCAAGAGGAUUUUUUUCCUGUCCGGUCUAUAACUUUGUCAUGCAAAGCAGAAUUUAGAUAUCAUUUGGCACAAAUAUUCCCCUGGAUGAGACAACAUGUCAUGCGCAAGAACCAGGUCCCUAGGUCUAAGGUCAAGGUCAUAUUUAGAGGUCAAAGGUCAAAUUCAAGAAUGAAUUUGUAUGGAACAUUUCUUCUUCAUGCAUGAAGGGAUUUUGAUGUAACUUGGACCAAAUGUUCACCACCAUGAGGCACCCUUGUUUUUAGAAUUACGUCCCUUUGUUGUUACUGUAAAUAGAUUUUAUUGUAACUUUUUUAUUACUGGCGGUAGAGAAAAAUCAAGACCACUUUUCUGUGGUACAGCAUGCAUGUUACAUCCAAUUUUUAGGUGUAUUUUGACCUAUCUCUACCUGGUAAAAAGUUUUUUGUGGACUUAUAUUAUUCUUUUUUUUUUUUUUUUUUUAAAAGAUUAAUUUCCCUUUGUUGUUACUAUAAAUAACUUACAUGAUAACAUUUUUAUAUUCAGCCAAAAAAAUUCAAUAUGAAAACAACUGUGGGUUUUUAUAUAUGCACAUUUUAAUCCAAGUGUGUUGUUAUAACAUAUUGUAUAUGUAGUACAAUAUUGUUUAUACAUCAUUGACAGAUAUCAGUUCAUUAUGUUAUACUGCAGUAGAGAAAAUUAGGUGCCUUCCAGUAGGGGACUUUGUAUUGCAUGGCAAUACUUCAUUCACUUGUUAUUUUGGUGAUUUUAAAUAUUUCAUGAAAUUUUCAAUGUGAUUCAUUUUCAUAGAUUAUAAAUGGCACCACCAAAAAUAGCCAACAGUGUUUUUAUAUGGCAUAAGAUUUUGCUUAAUUGUUUAUUGUGUUUUAGUGUUAUGGUAAUAAAGAGUAAUGGUAAUAAAAACUUCAUACAUACCUC